UCGUGCGCGCGCGAAACCGAGUUGAGCUGCGAGAAUGGCCCGCGACGACACAUACGCGCGUGUUUCAUCCAUGUGUGUUUUCUGCUCCGUUUGGCAGUAGAGCGCAGUAGCAGUAGAACCAGUCUUUCUCGCGCACGUUUGAUGGGCGGCACUAAUCCUGUACUGGCAUCGAGCAGCAGCAGUAGACUGGACGCAGCUGCCGAGAGGGACACGAAAAUCGCCUACUGCUACUUUUCGGCGUUGUCUGUUUACGCGCGCGCGCUUCAGUCGGCCCCCUGCGUACACAAAGGGAGAGACAGUAGAGCGUUUACAAGUGCAUAUCGCGGUAAGCGACGAGUCGAGACGUGCACUCCGUGCAACGGUCGCUGAUUAGCAUAAUCCACAGCGCUGCGGAGAGACAACGCGAAAAUGGCCGAGCAAAUUGUCAUGACACCAAAGUGCAAGACUGCAAACUCCACGACAUUGAUCAUCGAGAGGAAGAAGCAGGCUGUUGAGCCUGCUGUCAAUGGAACUGAGAAUGACGUUCAUGUGGCUGGGGGAGAUCACAAGGGAAUUGUUAUUAAUAAACAGAUGAAUGCCAACAAUGAUGUUGCAAAGCCAGCACACUUGUCUUUGCAAUUCAAAGUAUUCUUAGUUAGCGCACAAACUGGUAAGCACACUCAGGAGCAGAGAAUUUUGAACUUCUGGUUCAGUGAGAACUUAUCAGUUGAAACCCAGCCAACUGUAGCACAAGAGUUUUUCAGAGAACUUGUCAGUCCUCAAGAAUUUCCAAGAGACUAUGUUGGAUUCAUUAAAAAAAUCAUGAAAUUGGUACAACACAAGUAUCCUACUAUUGAUCGCAUUGAGGUGGAGCUAAAACAAAUAGAAGAACCCAUUGAAUUGCCUGUUAGACCACUAUCCACAGAUGAAACCAUUUUAGGAGGCGCUCAAAUAAUUGAACUGACAACGGAAAAGAUUCUAGAAUUAAUUGAAUCUGCUUAUCCUAAUCCGCUAACUAUUUACAAUUUAGCAGAGGAUCAUGGCUGGGAUGCCGAUGCCGUGGCAGAAAAACUGGCUGAACUACAAAAGAAAGGCCUUGUCGUGGCGAUGGAAAAUGGAGCUUUUACAAGAGUUGUUCACCAAGAUGUUCAAAUUCAGGUCGUCAAACAAAUGCCUACAAUGGCGAGUGCGAAGCAACCAACCAUAGCUAUAAUUACAGCUCAGUACUGCGAAAAACUCGCCGUGGAUUCGAUGAUAGAAAACAAAGAGACGUUUGUUCGAUACACUACAGUUGGAUGCGACAAAGAAGGAGAACUUACACUGACUAACACUCUCAGUAAUGAAACUUCCAAACACCCACGUGUGACUCGGCGUACCCGUUUCGGCGAAUCCAACGUCUACACCCUGGGCGACAUCGGAGCGCACCGUAUCGUUUGCACGAAGUUGCCGACGGUGGGUCACACCCGCGAGGCCAUGACCGCAGCUGGAAACACUACCACCAGGUUGCUGGGUACCUUCCAGAAGGUCGACUACGUCUUCCUGGUAGGCGUCGGCGGAGGAGUCCCGCAUUACACCGACUAUAAGAAACACGUGCGACUCGGUGAUGUCGUCGUCUCGUACCCGUCUAGGCUCAACAACAAGUUCGUCUACAUGUACUGCGAGAGUGCCAAAAUGCACGACGACGGAAGCUAUCAUUUCGAGACGAAGGAGUAUUGCCCGACGAACCUCGGCCUCCAGGAUAUCGCUGCUAAUCUCAAGAAGCAGGUAAACGAUAGCGAAGGAUUCAAUCCACCUUGGCAGAAUCAUAUGCGUGAAGGUGCCAAAAAUUUAGCCUCGCAAUCCGAGCAUAACUUCGAAUCUCCCCCAGUAGAGUCUGAUAAACUUUAUAUGAAUAUCGGAGAAAGAGACGUCAUCGAAGUUGCACACCCAAGUGCUCCUAAAGGAGAUGCUACUUACGCAAGAAAUGAUGGAUGUCCUCAAAUACACUUGGCUCCCGUGGCCUCAGGCCGACGAGUCGCUCGCGACGACCAGUUGCGCCAAAAGUUUGCCAGCCGUUUCGGUAUUCUCGCUUACGACACUGAGAUGGACGCCGUAGUGGACAGUAUCCUUGGCAAUUGUCGCGAUAGCUUUGCAGUCGUCCGUGGCAUCGCUGACUAUAAGGAUGGUUCGCGCGGUAAGGAGUGGCAGCCUUACGCCUCGCUGGCCGCGGCAAGUGUCGUCAAGGCUAUGAUCUGCGCUAUGGAUCCGCCCUCGCCGUGCAAAAAGUAAUUUCAGUCGACGAAGUAAAUAAACGUGUUCUUGCUAGUGAAAAGUUAUAGUCAGGAGGUUUCGGUCUAAAUAUUCAGGAGAGGUCGACUUCUUUGUUCAUUUGUCGAACGUUACGGGUAGCUUUUUAAAAAUGUCUUAAAGUAUGACCCUUUGCGCGUAAAAAUAAUCAAAGAUGUAUUAUUAAGAUACUGAUUUAGAAUCAAAGAUCGAAUAUCAAAAAUAUGAACGCACAUUUUACUUCGAUAUACACUUUAUAGUGAUUAUAUUAAUCGUAGAGAAGAAAUGGGCCUGUUUUUUAAGAAAGUUUUAAAAUUAUUAUCAGAAUAAGGUUCAUCAUAUCGCACUAAUUAUAUGAGAGAUAGGUAAUGAUAUCUAAAAGAAAUUUAGACUGAAACUCCAAUAAGGAAUUUAGCAGCUGUGCUGCUAACAAUGAUUAGAUAGUUCAUAAAACUUCAAUCCUCUUGUUGUACUCAUAAGUGUAAAUACGAUUUUAUCUUCUAUAAAGAAAAGAGACCAUUUAAUCUAUGAACCAAACAUAGAUUUUUCUUCUUAACUUUUUAUCUGGUAUUGCAUAGUUUAACGGUGUUUUGACAUUUUUUUAUUUUGUACUUUUGUAAUAAGAUUUGUGACAUCUGAUGUUGUUUCUACUGACUUAACAAUAAUCGAUUAUUGUACUUUGUAUUGAUAUUAGUAUAACUAUGAUUGAUGUUCCCAUUGAGUAUAGGGUUCAGCAUUUUAUGCUUUGUCAAAUUUAUAUGCAUCAAAAUGUGUGCUUGUACCCAUACAUUAUCAUAAAAAAUUUCGAUAUAAUACGUCCUUCAGUAUUUCAACUGGUGCCGAAUAUCACAGAGUCUUUUAUAGAAUGUUUUUAGUAUUUAUGAUGACUUUUCAAGUAUUGACAUACAUUUCAAACUACUUGGAUUAAAAAGGCAUAAUCGAAUUUACAUUACACGAGGACGAAUCACCGGAUAAAGAGUUAAGCGCAGGGGUUUUAGGAAAACAUACUUCGCAGCAUUCAUCGAUCCUCGCUUGUUACUCGUUAUUUAACCGGAUCGUAGAAUGUGAUAAACACUUGGCAUUGACUUGCUAUUUCCAAUAUAUAUUUAAAUUAAUUUAUUUAAUAUUUAGGUAUAAGUGACGAUUGCUGAUUUAAAUCAUAAUAGUCUAUGUAUCUGCGAUAAAGUAAAGCAUAGGCAUAUAUACGUGCCAAUGUAUUUCAAACAUUUAUGUGAAACCGUUGCAAAGAAUGUUUUAUUGUGUAAUUUAUUUUAGCAAAGCUUCUCUAGUAUUAAUUUCUUAUCGCAACAAAUGUAACUCAGUUCUGCGUACAAAUAUUUUCGUUUUUAUACAAGAUAAUUAUAUAUGCAUGUUGCUUCAUUGCUUCUUUCGAGAAAUAAUUUUGUUGCUAAAUCAUAUAAUAAGCCUUGUUCAGAUAAAUAAUCAAAUAUUAAUAUUCACUAAGGGGCGUCGACGCUUCCAUAAAUCGUACACGUUAUACGAUAUAGAACGCACACAAGUUCCAAAGAUCCUGUGCUCAAACAGAGCAUCUGUAGAUGUAGGCCAAAUAUCGAUAACUUUUAAGAUUAUAUAGACAAAGUAUAUAUAAUUAAAAAAGAUAUCUGUAACGCACUGAACUUCGGAUCUUGUCAUUGUACAAAUCUAGUCGCCCUGCCACCGAUCGUCGGUUUCAAGGACUGACUUUGCAUUUCAUUUAUACUGCUGUUUUUUGUUUUCGUGUGUCAUUUUUUUUUAUGACUUGAAUAAAAUGUUUGAUUUCACAUCGAUAAUUUA